AUGUGCAUAUGUGCCGAAACACUCCAACGGCAUAGCAGAUAUAUGCCACCGCGCGAAGAAUCAGCCAUAUAUAGGAAGCAGAUUGAAAGUAAACCAACAACAAAAAAUACGCACGAGGCUGACCUGAAAGAUGCUGAGAGUAUUGCUGAUAUCAUAAAGUCAGAAAUAACACAGAUUGGUACGCUUACUCCCGUGGAAGAUUUUAAAAAGCUGCUCAAUUCAGGGAAAAACUUUGUUCAAGUGAGUGAACAAAUGCAGAAGCAGAUUAUUAAAAUUGUCACACAAUCAAUUGGUAACCAGUUUUACAAAAAAGCUAUGGAAUGUUUGAAGAUACUGAGAAAAGAAUCUAUUGUGAAUAAUAAACCAAAUGAAUUCAACAAUUUCUUUAUGGAUUUUAAGAUGAAAUUACUGGGAAAGUCCCGAAGUGAUUUCUGGGAGGAAAUUGUUAAAGAAAAACAAAGUCUCAUCAGUAAAGUUGACUGUGAAGGAAGUUCAAUGACUCUGGAAGAAGCCGAAAAAUUCCUUUGCAAAGAGCAAGCACCUGCUAAAACAGACGCAAGCAAUGAUCAGGACUCUGCAGAGGAUCUGCUUGAUGAAAUGUGA